AUGGUGUACCCACGCGAGGAGCUUUACCCGCGUGAGGUGUUCGACCCGCGCGAUGUGGUCGACCCACGCGAGGAGCUCGACCCACGCGGUAUGGUCGACCCUCCCAAGGUGGUCGACCCGUGCAAUGCGGUCGACCCACGCGGGGCGUUUGACCCGCGCAGUGUGGUCGACCAACCCAAGGUGGUCGACUGGUACAACGCGGUCGACCCACGCGAGGGUGUCGGCUCGCGUGAUGUAGUAGACCCGCGUGAGGUGUUCGACCCGCGCGAUGUGGUCGACCCACGCGAGGAGCUCGACCCGCACGGCAAGAUGAAGGUGGUUAUUGGUCGUCUCCAAGUCGUCUUCUCCAGGGCCAUGUUAUUCACAUUAGGCCUCGUAUUUGCUCACAGCUUAGUGGAUGCGGCAGUUUUGAGCAUAUUGAUCACUCAUCUCACAGCUGAGUGGAAUGAAUACAGCCUAUGGAAAGCCGCCAUAGUUGUGAAUGUUCAAGAAGGAACUCUUGCUGUUGCUCAUAUUGUUUUCAUAUUGUUGUCAGAUGUAUGGACGGGCCCCUACAAAAUGCUCCUCUGCUCCGCCGCCAUCUCUGCUCUGGGAUUAUCGCUAUUUCAAGUGGAAAACGUAGUCAGUUUCUACGGUCCGCUGGUGCUGGUAACUUUGUCGCAAGCGGGUAUAGUGGUGACCCUAAGGCCCUUCUUUGAUGAUCAGGUCAUGUCUGCAGCUGGUCAGUCAACUGCUGAAACACAACACUGGACAAGCAUAGUGUGGUGGAAAUGCAUCACUUUGUUGGCUGCCGCUUCUGCUGCUUUUGGGCUUUCAAGGAUAAAUCCGUUUGGGACGCGCUCAUUGGUAUCAGCAAUAAUCAUGGGGUCUGCGCUGUUUUGGUUCUUGCUCGGCACCAAGUUUUACUCAUUUGACGAAGCAACGGGUAGCCCCCUGAGAGAUGCCGCGCACGUCAUGUACAUAGCAGCUGUGACUAAGAGAAAUGUUGAGUAUCCACGGACUCCGAAUCAGCUAUUCCAAAAUUCUAGUGGCCACGUGAAGAUUCCGCCUCAUGUUUCGUGGUUGAGGUGUUUAGAUAAAGCAGCGGUAGUGAUGCCACAGGAUCAGGAGAAACCUGGCCACAUUUGCACUGUGGAGCAAGUUCUAGGAGCGAAAUCAUUGCUGAAGAUGCUACCCAUUUGGAUGACCUUUCUCACUUUUAGCACCGUGUCCGCCACCGGGAGUACUUUCUUCCUCGAAGAGGCAGCCUCAAUCGAUGAAGAUUUCAACUUUCUUACAUUCAUAUUUUGGCAGAGAUUAUCGAGUUUUGUGGUCACGUUCGCGUGCGGCUGGGCCCUUGAGGAGCUCGGGAGGAAAAUGAAGGUGGAGCAAAGGAUGAUACUCGUGCGGAUGGGUAUGGGUAUGGGCUGCUGCGUGGCAUGCUGUGUGGCCGCUUGGAUUAACGCUCGUCACUGGCGUUUAGUAGAUAGUAUGACUGUUUCUAGACUCGUUCCGCAGUAUGUAUUGUUGGGAGUGAUGGAAGGACUCUCAAUCGAGGGGCUUGACAACUUCUUUAUCACGCAAGUUCCCGAGUUGACAGUCAGGUACGGGCCGGCCUUUGAGGAAUGCGUAUUGGGCAUAGGCAAAUUCCUGACUGCCAUAUGUAUCUACAUUUUAACCCUACUGUGGAGAUGGUUCGGAGAGGAUGUGUACUCAAGCAGACUGGACAAGUAUUACUUGAUGCUGGUUGUCUUGAGCUCCUUAAACCUGAUUAUCUACUGUUUGGUUGCUUGUUGGUAUGGAGACUGGAGAUUUCCAAUUCCAGCAGAAGAUGAUGAUAUAGAGACCGCCAACCACAACCCAGUUGAUGAAGCUGUGCAAGAAAUACUUUUACAACAUGAGAAGGACAGCUUGCCGUUAUUGGAGCAGAAAGCUGGUCAAGACACACAAACACUGAGAAGUAGAUCGUUUACUCGCCCGUCCUCUCCCAUGGUGGCCCACAGGCGCUUCUACUCAAUGCGGUCAUGA